UUUAACUGCGCAACUCUGGCGGCAGAGGCCUCACCAGGAUCGGCGUCAGUGCGAACCCUGCAGCGUUGUUUUCCCGGCACCCUAGAACACUCGACCGGCAAACCUCGACAUGGCCAACUCAGUGCUCCUACUUCUCGUCCUGGCAGCCACCGCCCAUCAAGGAUUGGCUAUCAAGUGCUACCAAUGCUCCUCAAAGAGCAACAACGAAUGCCUCAACCCAUCUAUGAUGGGAGACUUGAAGCCAGUCGAGUGCACCCCUAGCAUGCAGUGGACGUCCAAGCAGCUUAACGACGUUCUCCCGUCUGGAGUCAACAAGUUUUUGGAUAGUGUGACCUCGUCCAUUGGCUCAAUUGCUUCUAACGCCCCCAUUGAAAUGGUCUGCAUGAAGACCAAUAUCAAAGCUGGUGAAGAAACCGUGGUUAUGCGCAACUGUGCUGCCGCUCUCACCUUGAAUGAUGGCUCUCCUAAGGGCUCAGGGGUGUGCGAGCAAGUGAAGAAGGCCGCUGAUGGCAAGGCCGAGUACUGCGGGGUGUGCGACAGUGACGGUUGCAACACCGCCACCGCCCUAAAAUCUUUCGGGUUCACACUCCUCGCACCUAUUGUGGCUAUUUUCUACAAGUUUGCUUAAAAGUUUCGUAAUUAAAAUUUGCGACCAAUAACAAAUACAAAAAUCUGCCUAUCACGAUUAUUUUCUAGGUGCUGAUUAGAAAAAUAUAUUAGUGUAUUAAUAACAACUUACGAUUUCACUUAACGAUUUUUCGGAUUUUUAUGGGUAUGAUGUAUUCAAUUUUUAUAUGCAAAUUUUUAUUCAAUCUCAGAUAUUUACUUUUGAUAAUUAUUUCGUUUUAGAUUCCUCGACGUUUGCUAAAAGCUACUCAAGGAAUGUGAAAUCUGCGGAAAUUAUACAUAACGCAGCGUAUUUUCUGAAUCUCGAAUUAUUUACCAAUGCACACAUUUUGAUGCUAAUCAAUUCAAAAGGCUUGGAGAACCACUUAAAGUAGUAUUAAUUAAAACUGCUAAAUUUAAAUCCUCUAUAAUAUACAGGUAUUGAAAUGACACAUAAUAGCCACUUGCAGUUCAAGUGUUAGUGUAACAAAGAGGAGGUUGACAGCCACCAAUUAUAAAUCAUUUUAAGCGUUUAACCUCAUUUUCUUGUGCACUGCAAUAAGAACAAAGAAUUGUGAGAGGAGGAGAAAAGAAUGUUGAAUAAAGAGAGCUGAAAUUUAUCUUCUCACAAAAUAA